AUGCGUCGUAGAGGUAUUGUUUCUUGCUCAGCUUUAAUAUCUUGUCUUGUUAAAAACAAUCUUCCAGCUGAAGCUCUUCCUGUUUUCCAACAAAUGCAGAUGAUGAUUGUUAUUACUGUUCCAUUGUGUACUGCUAUAUAUCUGAGAUGUGGGUCGAUUGAUCGUUCUGUUAGGGUGUUUGAUGAAAUGCCGGAAAGAAAUAUACUUACGUGGAUAGCGUUGAUUAAUGGGCUUGCUGUUCAUGGACGUAGUAGGGAAGCUUUGAAAGUUUUUGAUGUGAUGAAAGAGUCUGGUUUGAAGCCUGAUGGGGUGUUAUUUAUAGGUGUUUUGGUGGCUUGUAGUCAUGGUGGUGGAAAUGCCUUUGAAACCAAACUAUGUUAUUUGGAGGACUUUGCUUGGAGCAUGUGUGAAUCAUAA